UAUAAGUCACGUUGCAGACCUCGCUGUAUAGGGUUUGAUCAUGAAUGUUUUGAUUCCAGUUUCAGUUCUUUUGCUCAAGAUUUCCGACUGAUAAUCAUAUUUUAUACAUGUGAUAUUCCAUACGUGAAAUUUAGCCAUUUUCUAAAUAGUGAAUUUAACUUUUACUAACAUGGUUUUGUUAAGUACUUUAUUUUGAAAUGAAGGAGAACAAUAACGAAACUAGCAUCAGUGCCAACAUCAAUAGUAACGUCAACAUGAUGGAACAAACACAGACGGCCACUUCGCCUAAAAAACAUUCGUUAUUUUGGUUUCGAAAAGGUUUGCGAUUACAUGACAAUCCUGCCCUAAAAGCAGCAGUCGAUGGUGCCUCUUCAUAUCGAUGUAUUUAUAUUUUAGAUCCAUGGUUUGCCGGCGCUUCUCAAGUUGUUAUAAACAAAUGGAGAUUUUUACUCGAGAGUUUAGAAGAUCUGGACAGCAGUUUAAGAAAAUUAAACAGUCGGUUGUUUGUUGUCAGGGGACAGCCUGCUGACGUACUCCCACGGCUGUUUCAGGAAUGGGGAAUAACUCACCUGGCCUUUGAGGAAGACCCAGAGCCUUAUGGGAAAGAGAGGGACUCGGCCAUCUCCGCUCUAGCUCGUGAACUCAGCAUCCAGGUCAUCACGAGGUCAUCCCACACACUAUACGAUCCCAAAGUGGUGAUCGCUGCCAAUGGCAACAACCCUCCUUUGACCUACAAAAGGUUUCAGUCCAUUUUGUCCAAACUUGACCCACCACUUCAACCCUGUGAAGCUCUAACCUCAGCCAUGGUAGCUGAGGUGACCACACCAGUGUCUGAUGACCACGAUGACAGGUUCAGUGUCCCUUCACUGGAUGAAUUAGGUUUUGAUGUUGACUCACUGGGACCAGCUCAGUUUCGAGGGGGAGAGUCUGAGGCUCUAGCCAGACUUUAUAGACAUUUAGAAAGAAAGGCCUGGGUUGCCAGUUUUGAACGGCCUAAAAUGAGCCCACAAUCCUUAUAUCCAAGUGGCACAGGACUCAGUCCGUACCUAAGAUUUGGUUGUCUUUCUCCAAGAUUGUUUUAUUGGAAGUUGAUUGAAUUAUACAAAAAGGUUAAAAAAGGGGCUGAACCGCCACUGGCCCUCCAUGGUCAGCUGUUAUGGAGAGAGUUCUUCUACACUGUGGCCACCAACAACCCUAACUUUGAUAGAAUGGUUGGAAACUCUAUUUGUGUUCAGAUUCCUUGGGACCACAAUCCAGAGGCACUUAGCAAGUGGGCUGAGGGUAUGACGGGUUAUCCAUGGAUCGAUGCCAUUAUGGUUCAGCUGAGAAAAGAAGGCUGGAUCCACCACUUGGCCAGGCAUGCUGUGGCUUGUUUCUUGACCAGGGGCGACCUCUGGAUAUCAUGGGAGGAAGGCAUGAAGGUAUUUGAUGAGAUGUUGCUGGAUGCUGACUGGAGUGUCAAUGCUGGCAUGUGGAUGUGGCUCUCCUGUUCAGCAUUUUUCCAGCAAUUCUUUCACUGCUACUGUCCAGUGGGAUUUGGGAAGAGAGCAGAUCCCUCUGGAGAUUUUGUCAGACACUAUCUCCCAGUAUUGAAAGGUUUUCCUACUCAGUAUAUCUAUGAGCCAUGGACAGCCCCAGAGUCAGUCCAAAAAGCUGCGAAGUGUAUUAUUGGCAAAGACUACCCUCUGCCCAUGGUGCAACACACUGAGGCCUGUCGUGUUAACCUGGAGAGAAUGAGACAGGUCUAUAAACGUCUUGUGCUGAAAUCUACAGCAAGUAAAAGAAUGUUCCUUGAUCUUCCAAAGAUUCCCAAAGUGAGUUUGUUCCUGAGUAAAGCCAAGAUGUUCCUGAGCAGUUCUUCUGAUGAAGACAUGUCUCAGAAACAAAGAAGGAGAAAAGUGGAUGAAUAAAGAGAUUACACACACAACAUUAAUUUGCUGUGCACACUACAGAGGGUCAACUGUGCCAUAACUUAAUUCCAUAAGUAAAUAGAAGUUGUGAUUUCUGUUUUUUUAGUAAAACAUGUAAAUUGUUACAAAACAACUUUUGUAUAAACAGGUGUAUAUAUAAAUGGUUAAGUGUUUAAAAAAGGUUUAUUUAUUUGUUCCAGCCAUCUAGAUUAAAUAUAUUUGUUUAAUCUUAUCAUUAUGAAAGAUGCUAGUCUCGGAUCAUGAACUCUUUCAAGGCUGAUCUGUUUCACGUCUCACUAAAUAUGCUAAAUAUUAAACAUGAUGCUGGACUACAAAAUGUAAUUAGGUUGAGACUAGAAAUAUAUCUGUGAUUAAAAACAUUAUCUUUGUAGUUUACUUUGACCAACAGUACAUCAAAUGUGUGCAUGCUGAAGGUUGACCAAAUCAAACUGGUUAGACCACUUCAAGCUUGCUCUUAUUGGUAGGAAUGUAGGGUCUUCAUUGUGUGGAUCAUGGCACAGUUUGUGUUAAGAAGAUCUAUUUCUUGUUCUUGAGUUACCUACUUAUAGACAUUUCUUUGUUCAGGUUUAUAUAUUGACUCUCUCUAUGUAGCUGGACAACAUGACAUAAUUAACUCAAGAGCUUAACAACUUGAGCUCCAAUCAGUGUUAUACUUUAUUGAGUAAUAAAGGUUCAGAAUAGUGAUAUACUUUGAGUCUAAUAAAUCAACAGCCAAAUACUGAACAAUUGGCAACAUUGACUGUGUAACUUCUCUACUGUACUGCACAGUCUUGACUGCUACUUUCUCUGUCUUUGAAUAGGGUCCCUUUUAUAAAUAGACCUUAUAGAAAAUAACAGAAAUGCUUCCUUUCACCAGUUCUUUCUAGAUGAUCACAUGACCAUAUCAAAGUGAUCUUCAUGUGGAGUGUUCACACCAGCACUUUCCUGAAUAAUCUUUUUUUUUGUCCUGGUUGACCACUUGCAGUUUGCUGGUUUGUGUCGCCUGUGUCAGCUGGUCACACACACACAACUAAUCCUACCUGCGUUACCAGUUCAUUCAUAACAGUAUAUUAAAUCUAAUGGAAGAUAACUAAGUCACAUGUUUACUAGGCCCAAAUAGUCUCUUAGUGUCUCUCUCAACUAUUCUUCAUAAAGCCUAACUACCUAAGGGGGCUUGGUGGCUGAAAAUCUUGAAGAAGACUGGGAUUGUAAAUUUUGGAGAUUUAGGACUUCUGAGUCCGCCCAACUCUCAUGGGCACCUGACAUUAGUUGGGGAAAGUUAAAGUGGUUGGUUGUGCUGGCCACAUGACAUCCUCUUAGACUGUAGAAACAGGUAGCUGUAAGUCCAUUUUAUUUUUUUCUUUGGUCUGUCACAUGCUAUGUAUGUGAGCUUUAGCCCCCCCCCCCCCUUCCCCCAACAUUUAAAUAAGAUUCUAUAUUAUCACAUUAUAUUUAGCAGCGUCAUCUUCACAUUGUGUGACUGUGACAAUGCUUUAAUUAUUCAAAUCUUUUGUUUAAGCCAGACAUAUAUUUUUGUAAUAAAAUGUUGCUUUUCCAUUUUCAAAACUAUUUUGGAAGAUAAUACAUUUAUUGAUGUAUUUAUAUCUUUGGUUUCAUUAUCAUUGUGAUGUACAAACUUUCUGUACAUUCCACUAUGUCAACAAUAAUAAAGAAACAGAACUAG